AACAGUUCUCUGUGCGCUCCCAUUCAUUUCCUGAGAACUGCCUGAGCUGAGCAGCUGAGAGGCAGAAGGGGAGGGAGCUGCUCACUCACAUACACUCACUCACACACACACACACACUCACAUUAUCACACACACACACACACACACACAUACACACACAGGCGUACACACGUACAUACACGCAGAGUGAGAGGAGAGAAGAGGAGAGGGAGAGGAGGAGAGGAGACAGAGAGGACUGUAGAAAGGAAAACAGUACCCUAGUCUCCACGGCUCUGCAGCUUCUGACAAGGCAGCCUCAGAAACAGGAUGUUAAUGCUUGACGGAAUGCCUGCAGUCCGAGUCAAAGCCGAGCCCCUGGAAUCGGAACAAGGGUCACCUAAAGUGCGCCCUUAUUCUGCAAUGGACGGCGUCCCUUUCUUCCUCAGCAGAGUUAAACCCGAACCCCCAGAAGACCUGCUUGCUCACGACCUGCACUUCCACACACAGACCGAGCCUGUCGACCUGUCUAUCAACAAACCCCGCCCCUCCUCUUCAUCCGCCAUCCCCACCUCCAGCACGACCUCAUCAUCAUCCCCUCUCAGAUCCGCCUUCUCCCCGUCUUCGUUAUCGUCGCCAUCCUCCUCCUCCUCCUCUUCCUCCUCUCCAUCAGUUAUCACCUCAGCCUCGUCGGUGCUCACACCAGGCCCUCUGGUUGCCCCUGGCGCCGGGGUGAGAGGUCAGCCGUAUUUGCACAUCCUGCACUCUGUGCCGCCGCCUCCAUCCAGCCCUCUGAGCCUGCAGGGAGCAGGGAAGCUUUCCAGCCAUGUUCACCGCAUCCCAGUUGUGGUACAGUCACUGCCCCUCAUGUACACCACUGCCGUUCGAUCACCCUCCAGCCUCAACAACGCCAUCAUGCUACCUCUGCUGGAUGAGGUCAAAAGCCAGGGCAAAGCACACACAGACCCCAAUGGCCUGUCGCCAAGGCAGAUCAAAAGUGACAGCGAUGACGACGACCUGCCAAACGUGACCUUGGACAGUGUUAAUGAGACCGGCUCCACUGCGCUGUCUAUAGCCCGCGCCUGCCAAGAUUCCAUGUCCCCGUUCAGUAUUGACAGCAUACGGCGCCCCAGGAGGUCAGAAUCACCAGAUUCCAAAAAGAGAAGAAUCCACAGAUGUGACUUUGAGGGCUGCAAUAAGGUUUACACCAAAAGCUCCCAUUUAAAAGCACACAGAAGGACGCAUACAGGGGAAAAGCCAUACAAAUGCACCUGGGACGGCUGCACAUGGAAGUUUGCCCGCUCCGAUGAGUUGACGAGGCAUUACAGAAAACACACAGGGGUCAAGCCCUUUAAGUGUGCAGACUGUGACCGCAGCUUCUCCAGAUCUGACCACUUGGCUCUGCACCGACGGAGACAUAUGCUGGUGUGAAUCAGACAGAAAGAGAUAUGAGAGAGAGAGAGAGAGAUCAAUGGAACAAACAAACACACACACACACACACACACACACACACAUUCACACACACACACACACACACACACACACACACACACACACACUCAUACUCAAACAACACACACACACAGGCAGCCGGGGGAGCGGGAUCUCCCUAUGAAUGUUUUUCAGCUGGCCUGGACGCUUAUACAUACACAUGUAGAAACGCACACACACACACACACACACACACACACACACACACACACUCUCAUCCGUCACAAGGAGAGAAGAUGUAGAGGUGCACAGAGCUUGUGGAGCACAAAACAGGGUCACUUCUGGAUCCUCUUUGGGUUGGAAGGAAUAGACGGCAGGAUCUUUUAUUGUCAUUGUUUGGAAUAUAAUAGGGAACUGUCUUUUACAGCACUGUUCAUAAAUGUUUCACUUUGAUUUUUAAAAUGAACUCGCACUCUUCAUUUGGACAAAAAAAAAAAAAAAAUGCAAUUGCAACUGUCUCUUUUUCGGUAUCUUUCUUUUCAUUAUUGUUCAAAUGGCUGCUUUUCCAGCAUUCAUAAUGUGAAAGACCCCAUUGUAUGGAAUGGAUUUUUCUGUGUGAGCAGAAAGAAGUUAGGCCUGGAAAGGAUUUGGGCCUAGUUGGAGUUAACGGGCAGUAUUGUUUUCGCCGUGCCUCCCUGUGAGUCUAAUUUAUGACCAGCAGAGGACGCCGUUUCAUCACAGAUGGUUUCCUUUGCCUGCUGGAGUCUGCUGUUUUGUCAGGGGCGUCCCCGCACAAAAGCUAAAAGGAGGGCUGGACUUUCACCUUUUCCCACAGCCAGCAAACAACAAACAGCGUGACUCGAAUGGCCACAACCUGAAUGGAUCAACCUCAUCAACACCUCCACUGUUUCUGAUAUUCAUUGCUUUAUUUCGAACGAUGAAAAAUGGACAUGCAUAUCAUCCCACCAGCAAAGAAACACACCAUUUAUGACUCACUCACAGGGUCGGAUUACCCCAAAUAACAUCAGUGCUAUUCUUUAUGUUGAGCCUCUUGAAGUCUUUGGUUGAUUUUUGUGCUGUGAUUAGCAAUCAGUAAAGUGCAAUCUUAAAGGAUAAAUAUACUUUCAGUAUGACAACGUUUUGUUUAUUGAAUCUUGCUUUUUUUUUAAUGCCUGCUUAUUGCUUAUGUUUGACUCAGAAAAAUACAACCCCUCAUGUACAGUGAACUUUGAAACAAUCAGAGGAGAUUUUCAGUAUGUGAAAAAAAAAAAAAUAAUAAUAGAGGCACCUUACAGACUCAUGCUUUCAUUCUGUCCUGAACUAUCUGUUUUUAUUAUUCUGCUCUGUUUUCUCAGCUGGGUUUGACAGUGAAAGGAAUUUGUGUUGGUGGUUUUGCACAGCAGCACUUGACCAUAAGCUGACAUUGACACCGGCUGCAGUGUUACAGGGAUGGCGUGGUACCCGAUGUACAAUACAGAAGAGCAAUACAUUCUGAACAAAGUGAUAAGAAGGAACGUCGACCUCCUCUUUGUUCUAUCUGCUGAUGUCAAUAUGCGAGGAGGGGUUUCUAGCCGGGCCAGCUCCUCUCUCUGUACCAUGACUCCCCUCUGUUACCCGAUUGGUUUGUAGCUCCAGCACAAGACUCUAAUCUGAUGUGUCUCAGUUAGUGAGUUACUAAAAAUGUUGUUCUUUUUUCCUUUCUUUUAUUUUGUUUGUCUCAAAUACAGAAAGUCACUUGAAAUGUCAUCACCUCAGACCAGAUAUAUGUUAAGAUUAAUAUCUGAUUUACCUGAGAUUUGGCUAAAUAAAAUGCUGAAAAAUGGAGGAAUCACAAAACGCACACACACAUAGUACAUAGUAUAUAUAUAUAUAUAUACACACACACAUGUAUACAUUGAUGAAUACAUUAUGCAUGUGCUGUAAGGCUACAUUUUAAAUGCAGUUACUGGCAGAUACAUCUCUUAGAGAACAUCACUUAACCUGAAUCAGGAAACUGAAUUAAAAAAAAAAACAUUUUUUAUAGUCAUAAUAAGAGACAAUUUUGCAGGUGUUUCCAAAGCUCUUAUGCCGAGGAAGAGCUGCAGACAUAAACUCAAGAGUAUCAGGCCAACCCAUAUUAUUUGAUAGUGCUGCUAAAUGUAUUUAUUGGACCGAAGCCAGUAAAAGGAAAUGGUAACCUUUUUGAUAAUAGCACCUUGAAAACCAUACACCACACCCUCAUGCUUGCACACACACACACACACACACACACACACACACCUGCACACUUGCAGUGAACGUCCUCACUCUCAGUAAAGUGGCCAAAUCCAGGAAGUCAUUUUCACACAUGCACCCAAUGUAUGUGACACCCCUUUGAUAUAAUGGAGAAUGGUAAUGUAUGUUAUCAUUAUUUAUGUAUAUUGUUUGUGCACAACGUCAUUAUGCCCAGUUGUAUUAACAUUUUGGCAAAAGCAUAUCAGCACCUUGUUUGUUUUGUUAGUAUGAUUUUCAAAUUAUUUUAUUUCAGAUGUGGAUUUAUAAACAAAUAAUCAUCAUCAUAUUUUAUCAUCCAUAUAAUGUAUAAGAUCAUUUUAUGAUUGAGGGGCACUUCGUCAUUGCAUUUAACUCUUUUUCUUCUGUAAAAAGGAUCUUUUGAAAUGUUGUAAUAUAUGUGAUAGUGAAGAUAAAACUUAUUACAAAGUUCUACAGCCUGUAUAUACAUUGGAAAAAUAGGGCUUUUGAUUAGUAGAUGCAGGAAAUACAUUUAUACAUGUAAAGUCUUUUUCAGAGACUGUAAUUUAUCUAAUUUGAUAUACAGUGAAAUGGGGCUAAUGGUAUUCAUCAUGUAAAUUAUCAUAUGUGGUGUUAUAUAACAGUUUGCUUUUUUUUUUUUUUGGGUUUGUAGUUAAAGUUAAGUUCAUGAUCAAAUCAUUUUUAUUCCCAAGGCUGAACCAGUGUUUGCUAUAAUCAACAAAUUAUUUAUAUACAUCGACCGUAUUAAGGUACUCAAAUCCCUGUGUUGCUAUUUUGCUAUACCCGGACAAAAAAUUGUAUUGCUCAAGCACAUAUCAACAACACAUGUACUCUUCUAUUCAGUAUAUGACGUUGCAUGCCUUAAUGCACCACUUAAAAAAGAAAAAAAAAAAAAAUCAAUUAGACUUGAAGAUGGUGUCUCCACAGGACAGGGUGUAUUGUAUUUCCCUUCAGCAUCUCUUUCCUCAUUUUAAAGCAUAAUUUUGUAACGGUAACCAGGGUCAAAGUUAUGCAAUAAUAAUGAAUAGUGCCUCAUAUCACAAACUUGUAAUAUCACCUGCUCUGUGCAGGGUUUCGAUUACAGCAUGUGUGCUCAAAUUAAUAAAUUUCAAAUGAGAAACCAUGAAUUUUGGAAAAAGCACAGACAACAUUAUGCAAGUCGGACCUCUAAUGUUUAACUUCUUUUUCGCACUGAGCCUUAUGCCAUUGUGUCAAAUGCAGCAUCCUCCCAUAACACUUUCACAGGCUGUUUAUAGCACACAUUAUUACUUUGCUUGCAAUAAGUCACUUCCUCUAAGGGGAACAAAACUGAGUUACAAAGGCCUCUUGAUGUUUCAGCCUCAGCACAUUAAUUCAACAUAGUGAUUCCAUGGAAGAUAAUGAGGAAUUGUACUCAUAGGAAAAAGUCCUGUGGCUGGGAUUCCAGCUGUAGAAUGAUGCCUUUGUUUAUGAAUACUGAUCUUACACUUUCUAUCGGUUCAAUAUCUACUUUACUUUCUGUGUAACAUCUUUUGAUUUCCUGGUUUUGAAAAUUUAAGUAGUGAAGCCAAUGCCUAUGUUUCAAGUUUGCUGAUAUUACGUACAAGUAAUCGUUGUUCCUGUAUUUAUGUAAAGUGAGUGUAGUGUAAAUAUAUUCAGAUCUUUUCAUUCUUACCGUUAAAAAAAAAAAAAAGAAUUGUGAUAUUGCUCAGCGUCGCUUCAAAAGGGAGAUUCUGCUCAUGGAAUUCCGCAUCUGUAAAAGAAAUUUUUAAUCCUGAUAUUUUUCAAAAACUUCAAGAACAGGUGUCCUUUUUUUCUGUUACACUUUUCUUUUCUCCAAGAGUUGUUUAAGUAUCAAGUCAGUGUUUUGCCUUUUUCUCUGUAUUUUUCAUAUGGAUGGAGCUGUGAAAUUAAAAUAAGUUCAAACAUAUACAUGUAUAUUAAUAUGAAUGGAGGCAUGAAGGUUAAUAAAGUUGCAUUUUGUAUGUAAUGCACUGGUAUGGAACUAGUUGCUAUCUCUGACUGAGAUGGAUGGCAUGUGGUUUCGAUGUCACUUAGACAUCUGAGUUCUGUACUCACAUUCACUGGCAUUCAGAAACCUAAUCUUGGUAUUAGGGAAGCCAUUUUAAAUGAUAGCUGAUAUACAGUAUAGGACCUUGUACACAGACUACAUCUGAUCACUACAGGAAGAAGAAAAAAUCUGGUACAACCGUAGAUGUACUUGCUUAUUGAAUUUAUUAUUUCAUUCAAAACCUUUGGUACCUGAAAUCCUCUCGCGCAAAUUCAAACAUCCAAAUAAAGCAUCAUGUACCUCUCUGUAAUACACAUUGUUUGUCGCUAUUAUCUAGUAACAACAGAGAGUGGUAUUUUAAGACUAAGAAGGUAUGUAUUAACAGAGCAUGUAGUGAACACAGUUUCUGAGAAUGGGUUGCACUUAAAAGAAAAUGCCCAGGACAUCCUGUACGGUGCUCUAUUAUAAAUGGAUCUGGAUGAAUGUUUCUGUCUGCCAGUAAAGGAUUCCAAUGAUUACAAUAACAGGGUUUCAAUUCCCACAGCACUAAGCAUUUCGGUGCGCAGUAUAUCACAUGAGUGAUUUAUCACUCAUAGCAGCAUAUGUUGUGUAGGCUAUACUGUACAAAUAAAAAUAAAGUAUAGUGAGGAAGAGCUUGAAGCAAAUAAGAGUGACAGUAUAGCUCUCCACACAGGGAACUUCCUCCGCACUCAGGACAAGCUCAGACAUCUUCUCUGGUUUGUACAGCUUGUCCUGGCACCAUUUCUAUGAAUCAUCUCAAGGACACUUUCCAAAAAUUGGAAAAACAAAUGAAUAGUCUUGAUUACAUAGAGUAGUUAGUACAACAAUAAGUACAACUGCGUUUAGGGUGUGACCCCGAAUAAUUAGAAAAUGCUGCAGGUAAAUCACGUGUUGUUAUUCCACGAAAGAACCGAAGAGAACAUAAACAGAAAAGAUGAUCUAAUGCUGGGAGAUGUGAAGGGAGAAUAAUAUUUGUGGACCAGUUUUGAAUUUAAAACUGCAGAAAUCAGCCAACUUUUGUUCAAAGUCCAUGCAAUUAUCUCUUCCAUUCUUCUUUCCUUUUGACAAGUGGCUGUCUAUCAUUCCUCCUUCUUUUACCAGCAUUUACAACGACACAAUCACUGUAAAUGAAUCUUUUCACACAACUUUUAACUGUGACUGCAAAUCAUUGUAAUCGGGGAUGAUGCUAAUCGAGCUCUGACAUCUGAAACUGUCUUCUUUACUAAUUAAUAAUACAUUUUAAAAAAAUAUUUUUUAUACAAAAAGCAAUGCUCAUACAGCAAAAUUUUCCUUUAUCACGACUGAUAUACCUUCUCUACACUAAUACCACCUAGGUUCCCCUUUAACAAAAAGACACUGUGUAUGGACAUGGACAUAAUUAAAUACUGUAAAGGUGUGAGGUCCCAACUGUGCUGAAGAAACGUUUUCACACAGAAGGUCAGCACUGCUGUAGUCGUCUAAAAUCCAACAGCUGAAUGUUUGUUUGUUUUUUUUAAAGAUAGUGAGUAUUUUUAACCUGGAAACACACAGAUGUAAUAUUUUAAAAGUCAGACACCGAAAAACAUUCAACAUAAUUAUAAUAUUCAACACAAAACUUUUAUUUGCAUUAUGAGAGUCACAUGGCGUCAUAGCACAUUUGAUCUGUUUAGGUUACAUCUUCAUGUUACGAAGUUAUGACACAAAAUAUUGUAACACUUUUCAUGUGUGUCAACCAUGUCAAAAUAUUUGUGUGUGUAUAUGUAUUUUAAAAGUAUUGCAAUAAUUCACUGGCACAUACUCCACUGAGCUGCUACUUUGGCUGGAGAGAGUGACGACAGUGUAGACUGUGACAAUAAUAAUAAUUCUGUAAUUUGAUCCUUCUUAGACUUUGCCAAGAAAUAAAAAUAAACAGUCUCUGCAAUUUAAAAGAAAGUUUUAAAUCUUUCUACACCCAAAAAACAAUAAACGGACUUGUAUCCUAAAACAGCAGACACAAAAUAUAUACAUCUUAACACAUAAUAGAAACUUUAAAAAUCAAUUUUGUUCAACCAGAUUAUGAAUAAAUUUGGUCAUAAAUAGAAAUUGAUGUAUUAUGGAAAGAAGGAGGGGCAGCCAACAUAUAGAAUUGUUUUGGCAGAGUAGAGUACCUGAUAAAAGAAUAUUGUCCCAACGGUGCAGCUUUGUUUUUCAUUCAUUCCCCCCCAAAAAAAGCAGUUAAAGGCACUUUGAAAAGGUGUUUGAAUGCAUGGAUAGCGGUCAAAGAAACCAAAAGCUUUCUCAGGUGUUCAGACUGGCAGGUGCUCAAAAAAAAAACAAAAAAAACA